AUGUCAUAUGGUGGAAGCAGUGGACAAGAAAGUGAUAAAAAUGGGUUUUCAUACAUUGAUGACAUUCCAGUUAAAAUUAUUGAAAAAUACAAGCCUCCCAAAAAGAUAACAUUACCUGGUGUACUACAACAUAAACCUACAUCUAAUGCAUUAAAAACCCAGUAUGAUUUUAAUUUGGAAAAAAAUGUACUUGAGAAAAUGGCAAUAUGGAGCAAAAUACGAGAAGAAGCUCAAACUAAACGCCAUUCACAGGCUGCUGAGUUCAAAACACAAGAUUGUUUAGAUUUAGAUAAGUUGACGUUAUUAAAUCCAGCACAACCACAAAAUACUCAAGUUUUACAACCAAUACCUGCUCAACAAAUGAACUUCAAAAUGUCUUCAUAUGACACCAUGCUCACAAAAAAUAUAAAUAUAUCAGAUUUUGAGUCCGAUACAUCCAGUCCAUUUGACAAUAUGGAAUUAAAAACUAUUAAUGAUUUAGAAGAAUUAGCUUCUGUCUUAAAACCAACGUCAAUCUACAAUAAUGACAAUAUUAAAAAUGUUCAACCAUCUGAUAUAAAUGUUUCUCAAUAUUAUCCAAAACCUAUCUACAAUAAUUAUCCAGAACAUUUUAGUAACAAUGAAUUUUUACAUAGUCCUAAUACUAAAACAAACCAGACUAUUAGUUCUAUUCGCAUGUCCAAUUCAAAUGUUUUUGACGAUAAAAAUAAGAAAGCAGAUUUGCCACCCGUUACUAUGCCAAAUAUUCUAUUACAAUUGGAGGCUGACUUAAAUACUUCAAAGUUUAAUGAUGAAUCACCAAAUGAUCCACAAAAAUCUCAACCACACAUUACAACAAAUGGGUCUAAAUCACCUACAUGUUCAUUUCCUAAUCCAUACAGAUCACUUUCUCCAACUAGCCAGUGCCUUGCUGAUCAAAUGCAUCAAAUGGGCUUUUCUUUAUCGCGGGCUGCACGAGCCUGUAAACUAUUUGGUAAAGACGAAUCAAAGGUGAUAGAGUUUUUAAUUCAAAUACAUUCCAUUGAGGAGACUAGCGGUUAUACUGCUGAUCGUGUAGAACAAGCACUGGUGGUUAAUAAUUUUAAUGCUGAUCAUGCAAUCACUUUUCUUAAAAAUGUUGAUAGGCUUAUUGAUUUUGGAUUUCGAGAAGAAAAUAUUUGCAGUGCACUAGUGAAGUGCAAUAACGAUCCUGAUAAAGCACUUGAUAGUCUUGUGUCUUAUUAA